AUGCAUCAGAUGCACCAGGUGCACCAGAUGCAUCAUCCCGACCACCCCGACCACGACUAUGACUACGACCUUGACCCCUACCCCCCUCGAAGAAAUGGCAACCGUCGAAGACCCGACCUUAACAUAAAUACAAUCAAUGCCUCUGCCGCCCGCGCCAUCGACCCGCCCGGCCUCACAACCCCCUUGUCGCCGCCCCCGCCCCAGCUGCCCUACAAGUCCUCGUCCAGGAGCCUGCGAUCCUCCGCCGCCGCCGCCGCAUCCUCAUCUACCGUGACCGUAAGCCACCACUCGACCUCCCCCUACUCCUACUCCUCCUCCUCCUCCUCACGGCGCCAUCCUCCCGUCUCCUCAAAGGGCAAGCAGGCCGCUGCCAACCGCUACGCUGCUUCUUCCUCCUCCUCCCCCUUUGCUAAGCAUUCCUCUCAGGCUUACGCCGCGCACGAGAGGGAUGCACGACACGCCGACCCGGAAAGUGGCACAUUCGACCCGGAACAAGGUUGGGCCAAGCACGGCCGGGACAAUCACGGAGCCUUCGAAACUUUCUUCGACCCGCUCUCACCCGACGACAUGUCGAGCAAGGAAAAUGACUUUCCUGCUGAAUACGACCGCGACAGGGACCACCACCACAUCCCCGCCAGUGCGACCACUCCCCCUUCCCGCCCUCAGCCCCGGCCGCGAGACUCCCACGACCUCUCCCUCUCGCCCCGUAAUGUCACGCGCGACUCGUUACUCGGGAAUAUGCUCCUGUCCCUCGACCAGUUCAGUAUGGGACAGAUGAAUUGCGCCCAGGGCGGUGGAACCUCGCGCACCAUGUCGGGGUUCGCCGAGUCAAAUUACUACGACGACGAACCGCCCGCGGCCGCCAGGACAAUGACUAGCACCUCGAAGGCGCCGCCCCGGCGAGGCCACGGCCACUCGUACAGCUCCGACUACGAAGACAACUCGAGCACCCUCUCCAGGGGCCAGCGGAGCAACAGCAGCUCCACCGGCUUCCAGUCCAAUCUGGGCAGGAUCAGCAGCAUGCGCGAGAUGUCCAGCCACCGAAGCACAAACGGCGGCGCACAAGGGUCGAGACCGUUACACUCGAGAGGGGGCAGGGGCAGCAAGAGCAGUAGCACAAAUAGCAUUGAUGCAGGAGGAGGAGGCUACGCGCAGGUCAUGGGCAGCCAGCGCUGGGCACACGGCCUAGGCACGAAGCGCUCCUCAAGUUUCGAGCUGGCCCGCAGCCCUCCCUUUGGCGUGCAGCCCGACAACCACCAACAACAAAAUCAAUCACACCGUCAACAGCACCAACGGCGACCGUGGCAAUUGGAGCUCUCCGACUCUCUCGCCGGCGACCAGGACGACUAUGAUGCCGCCCCCACCCCAACUGUGCCGGUCGGACCUCGUCGGCUGCCCAACAUGCCGUCAAUGCCGUCCUUCCACCGGGCCGAGCCCAUGGGCGAGCCCCUCUCCCCUGUCCGCUCCAUCAAUCUCGAACGCAAGCGCAGCAACAAGUCCUCGCGCAGCACAAACACCAACCGACAGGCAAAUUCCAGAUUCAAUCCCCGCGAUGCACCUCCCGUCCCUACGCCGGCGCCCCUUCCCGCAUCCGGUCCCACGCUCGAGCUAGAUGCCGCCCCGGCGCCACACGUUGGCUAUGAGAAGGCCAAAGAGCCCGUGCACCACCCGCCUGCCCAAAACUCUGUACCGCAGCCAAAGGAAAAGCCUGGCUUCUUCAAGAGGAUGUUUGGCGGCGGCUCAAAGAACAGUGUCGUGGCAGCAUUGGAUCAAUCGGCCAACUCGACAGGCCUUUCCAACUCGUUCAUCAAUUCCGCCCCGCCCACUGCCUCCGCCAUGGGCAGUAAUAACUCCAACCAGGUCUCAUCACAAUCCAAGUCGGGCAGCAAUCCGCCGUCGCGGGGCUCGCAGAAUCACUCCUCACAUGGACUUCAGAAAAAGCCCUCGAGCUUCUUCAGGAGACGGAAGAAGUCCGUCUCUGUCACAGAUGCCGAGUUGCCUCGCGUGCCACCCAUGCUUGCUGCCCCCACCAUCUCCCCAGUGCAACUCCCCCCGGCCCCAUCCCAACGUCUCGAAGUCCUUACCCCUCGCGCGCAACCAAGCCCUGUCACCAGUCUCAGAAAGGCUAUGGACCCAUACUUGACGCACUCAGGGUCAUCAUCAGGACUGGCAACACCUCGCCAGCCACCCGAUGACUUGUCACCAGUGCAUCGCUCCGAGGCUGAUGGCAGCCGGCCAUCCGACCGGAACGUACGAAGCUUCUCACCCGACUACGAGCCGGACCCGAUGGCGACGAUACGCUCAGUGCCAUCAGAGUCGAGGUCGAGAGAACCAAGUACCUCCGCGAUUGACAUACAAAGAAGGACAACACCAUCGGGAGACCCCCCAAGGCCGCUGUACGGCUACGAACGCACCGGCUCCUUCUUGCACGACAACAGCGAGAGCGAAGAGAGCCCUCCGAGGGUCAGGAAGAUGGAUCCCCAGUCCGCGAUAGACGGCCACCCAAGAUCAUCAAACGACGUGGGCCGCGCGUCGCUGGCCCCACUCCAGACGAACCAGCCCAUGUCCUCACCAUCGUCGAGCACGUCAAUGCGGGACAAGAAGAUGGACAGGUUGACCCAAGACAGCCUCAGCACAAUCAAGAGCGAGCGUCACACCAGCCUGCAGCUCCCAAUCGAGGGUGCUCUCACAGAUCCCAAGCUCAACACGCGUGCUUCAGCAGCUAGCAUCCCCAGCCUCAUGGUUGAAGACUCGGAGCCAAACUCCAAGGUGACUACCCCGAAGCCGGACAAUCCCCUCGAUGAGCCCUACUUUGUGGUCGGUGACCCGACCGCGGACGAUCGGUCCAAAGCGCAGAAGAUCUUUGACGGCAACGAGGAAUUCAUAUUGAAGGAUAAGGCUGCCUCGUGGAUGGGCGAAGAGGGCUUGAUCCGGCAACGGGUAUUGCAGGCGUAUAUGGACCUGUACGACUUCAAGAACAAGAACAUCGUGACAAGUCUUCGGGACGUGUGCAAUCGUCUCGUUCUCAGGGCGGAAACCCAGCAGGUCGAUCGGAUCCUAGUGGCAUUCUCCAGGCGUUGGUGCAAUUGCAAUCCUAAUCAUGGGUUCAAGUCCACCGACGUCAUCCACACCAUCUGCUACUCCAUUAUGCUCUUGAACACCGAUUUGCACAUGGCCGACAUCGAGCAGAAGAUGACCCGGAGCCAGUUCAUCAAGAACACGAUGACGACAAUAAUACAGGCUUUGGGUGAAUCUGUCCCUGACAUGUUCAACAAGAGGGGCAGCGUCCUGCCAGGCAAGGGGCUGCAUCUCGAUGACGGGGACGGGCCCACUGAACAAGAAAGAUCAAGCUUCCGCAACUCCUUCGUCAAAUUCCCCAUGCGAGCUGGAUCUGCACUCGGUGAUGCGCCGACCGAGCUCGACGACUGCGGUCCCUUGGUCAAGAGUCCCUUCGAGGGCUCGUUGAAACAAUGGGAACAGCAGAUGGAACACGUCCUGAAGGACACGUACGCUUCGAUCCGGGACGAGCGCUUGCCGCUGUUUGGGGCCGAGCAGCCUGCACCGGAUCAACAGCCUUCUGGUGGCCUAUCUGUGAUUGGCAUGCUGAAGCGCUCACCUAGUGUUCUCAGCAAAGCCCCUUCGGAGAACCCGUCCAUGCGUGGGCGAGUCCCAGACUCGAUGCGCGCGAGCAACUCACGCUGGUCCUCCAAGAGUCGUUCACGGCCGCGUGGGUUCGGCAGCGCAGGAUUCUCUUCUAGUAGAACAAGCUUCGAUGACGGCCAGUCCAUGUGGAGUCCCGUCGAGUCCAACGCGACGUGGAGCCGGGCUUCCCUGGGUAGAACUCAGACCUCCAUGUCCAUGGAUUCGUUCGGAUCGCACUUCACGCGUGGCGGUGGGUACCAGCAGUCCAUCGGCUUUGCCAACGCCCUGAGCCAGGCCAUCAUCCGGGAGGAUCCUACAGGAAGCGUUCAGUCCCUCGUCAGUGACGAACCAAAACUCACACAGCUACUCGACGACGAGUCGCUCGAGCUCGCCGGGCCACCGUGGGUCAAGGAGGGCAUGGUCGUUCACAAGCAUCACCUGGAUGGUGUCGACAAGAAGGCCAAGGAGCGUAAUUGGUCCGAGGUCUUUGCCGUCAUUCAGAAGGGCACCGUGAGCAUCUUCUCUUUCACGCCUAACAAGUCCACAGGUCGGCGCGGUCGCAACGCGCAGAAUAUCAAGAAGGGUGCAGUGGUCGGCGGUGGCAACUGGCAGGAGAAUGCCACGUCCCUAGGCUCGUGGAGUCUCAGGCUGGCUCUUGCGUCUGCGCUCCCAUCGCCGGGCUACUCGAAACAGAGGCCCCACGUGUGGGCUUUGUCCCUACCUAACGGUGCCGUGCACCUAUUUCAUGUCGGUACGCCGGAGAUAUGCAAGGAGUUCGUCACGACUGCCAACUACUGGAGCGCCAGGCUUAGCACGCAUCCCCUCAUCGGCGGUGUCUCGAACAUGGAAUACGGCUGGAGUGACGCCAUAAUCAACAACGCGCUUGUGACGGCCAUAAACGAGAACUCCGGCUCCACGGCAGCUGGUACCGCAGGAGGCCGGCAGCGCAGCAAUAGCGCCGUUGGGCGGUCGAGCAUGCACUCACGCGGUAGCAGUUUCCGUUCCGUCGGCUCUUUCGACUUUGGCAGCUCCAGCACACGGGGUGGCGACAUGUCGAACAAGCUUCCCGGCGACCGAAUCACCAUUUCAGAGUGGAUGCCACCUACACAAUCUAUGCGACCCUCGAACUCGGCUGAGAAAGAGCAGCUGGAGACACUGUUCAAGUACGUCAAGAGCAUCGAGGACGAGCUGCAACAGCACAACUCGCUGCGCAGCCCUAUGCUGCUCGCCUUUAGCCCUCGGGGCCCCAAUGUGCAGAAGGCCAUGGCGAACUGGGAGCGGAAGAGCAGCUACCUCCUGCGGGAGAUUGUCAAGUUCCGGACCUACGUGGACUGUCUGCAGCAUGCUGAGGUGAGGAAGGCGGAGAUCUGGAGGGAAAGAGAGGUGGCGAGGCGCGCAGCGAGAGGCAGCCUCGACCUCGAGGAUGACGCGAACGAGGACUACGACGGCCACCACAUCGCGCGGCGCGAUUGGGACGACGGUGGCAGCGACCGUGAAGGUCGAGAUAGUAUCUACGAGAUGGACGAGCCCGUGAUGGAGGAGGGCGACUUGGAAGCCACACUGAAGGCUCGGUCAUGA